AUUCAGAUAUUACGGUUUACCUCCUCUAUAAACGCUAGCAUUACGUUAGUGAUCAGGAUAAACCAAUCCAUACCUACUUUUAAAUAUCCCUAUUUAAAUGCCAUCGGCAGAAUUAAACCAUCAGUUAUUGCUCUAAAUUUUGUAAGUGAAGGUCGUGACACUUAGAUAUUGUUUUUAUAUAUUAAACUAUUAUUUAGCCGUAACAAUGGAUCGGACUAUUGACGAGCUCAAAUACGUAGACUUUAUGGCGCUGAUGGAACGCAGUGACUGCGAAGUACUAAUCGCUGCGGAGCACCAGAAGAUUAUCAGUGAAAAAAUACAAGGGACGUGUGAAGCCGAAAAAGCUAACAGAAGUCUAAACCGCUACGCACAUGCGGUUUGCUUCGAUCACUCUAGAGUAAUUUUACCAACAGAGCGAAACCGGGGGAACUACAUUAACGCCAAUUAUGUAGAUGGCUUCGAACAUAGUAAGAAGUUCAUAUGCGGACAAGCUCCAACCCGACAUACGUGUUACGAUUUCUAUCGUAUGUUGUGGAUGGAGCAUGUGCAAAUCAUUGUCAUGCUCUGCAGGAAGAAAGAAAAUGACAGGGAAAAGUGUCACCCCUAUUGGAGCGACGUGGAGCAAUCGUCGAUGAGGUUCGGGAAGUUCCAGGUCACUACUACUAGUGUAACGCGGUUGCCUCAUUACGUUAAGUCAACAAUUGUUUUGACAGAUGGGACCGAAGCCACCCAGACAGUGACACAUUACAACUUCAUUGCUUGGCCAGAACAUGAUGUGCCGAAGAAUACCUCGGAAUUUUUGAAUUUUGUUCUAGAGGUGAGGCAGUGCCAGAAAGAGUUACAUGCAAAGUCGCUCCAGAUUGGCCACCAACGUUCCCAGCCGACGCCAAUCGUUGUCCAUUGCAACGCCGGACUAGGAAGAACUUCGUGCUUUUGUGUUGUAGACAUCAGUAUUUCUAGGUUCGACGAAACACAAACAGUUUCGAUAGCGUCAAUAGUGUCUAGUAUUCGUCAAGCAAGAUUCCAUAGUUUGUUCAACCCUUUUCAAUAUUUAUUUUGCUACAAAGCUGUGAAAAUGUACAUAGAGUCGGCUUCCGCAAGAGUUGCUACAAGGGCGACUCCGAUCCGACAAGCUGUUUCGUUUUUAAGGAAUUUAGUUAGGUUGGUUCAAGCGAUGUCAAUUCAGGAGAUUGACACCAACAAUAAACCGAAAGAGAAGAGUGGAUCCUCAUUAAAAAUGGUUGAUUAUUUUAUUUACGCAAAAGAUUGUUCGGAUUCGAUAAAUAGAGCCGAGUAUUACCACAGCAACAACUUGAAGACUCUUGAACAAUUCAAAUGUGACGUCAAAAGCAUCAAAGAACAAUCGGUUGCCCAAGAGCCUGCAAGGCAAUUUAAAAUUGUUUAUUUGCACUGGCGUGACGUCUGUUGGGAGGUCAAUGAAGAUAAGGUUGGAAUGAAGAAUUAUACAAGUGCCGACGUGUCCGGACUAUCAAACAUCCAUAUUUGUGAAUGGAGAGAUCCAGGAUGUCUUAUACGGCACCUUCGAAAAAACUAUAUUGUUUGUGAAAAUGAUCGAAUCAAAUUACUGUACAUCGUUACAAAUGGCAUGAUUAGUCGGGAAAGUAUAGACGCAUGUUUAGAAUUAAAUAAAGACAUAGAUUAUGAAACGGUUGUUUUCCAUUCAUUCAAUGAAGACCCGGAAAAAAUCGACCUUUCAGUAGCUGCGCCUUUCUUCAAGAGCCGUUGCAUCGUUUAUCGCAAUAACGAACUUUGUGACAGCACUGAUAUUUCCAAGGAGUUUGAUUACGACAAAAUCACUAGCGACAACUUUGCAGUUGAAAUGCAACAGCUUAUGUUUUAUAUUAAGUUGAAGUUCAUCAAUAAAUUCAAACAAGACGCUGAUGUUUGGCGAGAAAUUAAAAAAUUGGAUAACCUAAGAAAUCGAAUCCUUAGAGAGUUGUCAAGAAAUACACCAAAAUGUCCAUUCUUUGACCGAAUGAAAGAAAAGGAAAGAAAAAUAUUAAUGCGUACAUUUGACGUAAAUAAGUUCAAGAAUUAUAUGGCUAUGGCAUAUGUGAUGAAGACUGACGUUGAAAACUAUGUUGCAGCUAUGGUUAACUACAUCAAGAGCAAUAAAAAAUCCUGCUCGCUUGACGCCUUGAAGUUCGACUCGAAAGUCAACGAGUCCGUUGAAGAAAAGCAGAUCGAUGAUGAUGAUUCUACAGACGAUGAAGAUAGUAAUUUAGUCCUAAUAGUUGAUGAAGAAAGUUGUCUUGACAACUUAUCUUUAUCCGGAUGAAAAAUUCCUCGAGUUUUCGAACAGCUCAAAACGUUUGAUAAAAAAAUCUUCUAAUGCAGAUAAGCGUAAAGACUGAAAAUUGAGUAUGCGAAUAAAUAUUAUUUUAAAUUAAUCAAAG